AGUGAGAAGAGAAAAGGAGGGAGAGAGAGAGAGAGGGGGAGGACAGAGCCGUGUCUUUCUGGCUGCGGUGCUCUGUGCAGUCGGGUCUAGGUCCCCGACUGACAGCCCAAGAUUGAUGGAUAGAGCUUUGUAUUGCACAUAACAUCAAUUCUGUCCUGCUUUCUCUUUCAUUUGGAAUCUCACUCCCUCAUCACUCCUCCCUUCCCCUGUCUUUUUCUCUCCUGCUCCCCUCUCUUCCCCCUCCCUCUCCUCCUCCCUCCCGCUGCUGCUCCAGGUCCGUCGCCGGUCCCUCUCUUCCGUAUUAGUUUCCAUGAGGCAUCCUUAAUGCUGACAGAGAGCGCACCGUGAGGCAGCAAGAAAGCGGGGUGAGAGGAUUGCUAUCUUUGUGACAGCUUCUCCGCUUGGUAGGCUGCGUGUGAGCCGGGGAACUGGACUGGACUGUGGUGUUUCGUGGAGGAGGUGGGAGAAGAGGUGGAGGAGCACGAGGGAGAACUGUGGGGCAAGCUGGACAGAUGGAGGACGGCACGCAGCACCUGGGACACUGCAUGGUUGACAUGAAGGAGCUGAGUGCGAGUCCUGAAGGACUGAGCGCUGCUGGUGUUAUUCUAACACCCAAGCUGCCUCAGGUGGACUUCAGCCUUGCCUGUAAUGAUCUGGUGGCCUCAGGCAGAGACAGGAAGCCCAAUGCUUUGGUCCAGGUGGCUGUCAUAGAUCCCCACAAGCAGCACCUCGUGUCUCAUGCCUGCACAGAGAUAGUUGAGGCGAACAAAGACCCACUGUUUCUGACGGGGGUGACCUUCCCUUCAGAGUAUCCUGCUAGCCCAGAGACGCUAGUCAAGCUAAGCGUGUAUGAUGCAAAGGACAAGACCCAGGAAUCAAGCAGCUUCCUGGGUAGUGCCACAUUUUCAGUUGGAGAUCUUCUGAGGGCAAAAGAUGAACGACUGACCUUGAGCCUCAGGUCAUCUGAUGGUGUGUGCACAGCAGGAACAGUGGUGGUGAGUCGUCUGAAGAUGGGGGAGAUGGAGGAGGUUGAUGUGGACCAGAUCACCACAGACAUACCGUCACAGAAGUGUCCACUGGUAUGCGAGUCUGUGCACCAUUCCUGCACCGACAGAGAAAAUAACCCAUUGACCGGGCCAGUGUUCAAGAACCCAGUAUGCAAAGUGUACAGAUUUCAAACAGUGGACAGCAAGUGGAUGCUUGUGCGGGAACAAAUGGAGGAGUGCACUCUGUCAUUCAGUAUCCCCAAACAGCUGCUCGCGCUGUACAUUCAGGAGGACAUGAGUAGGGUGCAGGAUCUAAAGGAGCUGGGAGAUCUUUCCCCUCACUGGGACAACUUACGGAAGGAGGUGAUGACACGAUAUGCAGGAAUAAUCAGCUCCUACCAAGAGACCUUGGCUGAAAUGGACAAGAUUAAUGGUUGCUCAUUCAAGCCAAGCUGCUGCAAAGCUCAAAAGUCUCUGGAGUUUAUUCCGAUAAACCUGCACACCCAGAGGAUGAGGGUGACAUGCCCCAAAAAAACAGAUGCGUUUUAUGACAUCAUCACUGUUGGUGCCCCAGCAGCCCACUUCCAGGGCUUUAAAGGUGGUGGUCUCCAUCGACUCCUGAGCAGAUAUGAAGCAGAGAAAAAGAGCUUCAGCACUGCCUACCAGUGUAUCUACUACUCCCCAGAGCACACAGCCAAAGCUCAGGAGGUACUCAGCAUCAUGAGCCUCCUCCAGCCCCUCAUCACGAGGUUAGUGGACCAGCUCCUCCAGGCUGCCCAUGAGCACUCUUCCCCUGGACUGAGGGAUGCACUCAAGCACCUUUCUGACAAGACAGAACAAUUUGUUCACACACUUAAGGAUGAAUUGGUCAAGAGUGCACUCCUAGCGCUGCAUGCAGCACAGCCAGGCUACGUUUCCAAGAACCAGAAGUCGACUCCGGCGCAGAGCCAACACCAAGGCCACACAAACCAGACCAAUGACCAGAAUCAGAACCCGAUUCAGGGACUUCCAGGCCACAGUCCACCGACGUCAGUCACUGAGACCACAGUGGUGUGUAAUAAUGUGGAAGGAACCCCAACAACUGCUGGAGGAGAGCCUUUGUCACUGAAGCACCAAGACACCAUACCGCACCAUAAAGAGUACGAUGAGGAGGAAUGGGACAGGCUAUGGGCAAAUGUGGCCAAGUGUCUCAACUGUGUAAUCGCCAUGGUGGAUAAACUCCAGGAAGAAGACAACACCAAGCAGGAUCCAGUCCCAGAACAUCAGCUAGCUGAUGUCAUCACCUCCCACAAUCCUGGUGACUGGAGGGAGCAGUUGUGUCCUCUGGUGACCCGGUUAAAGGACUGCGUGAUGGAGGUGGUGGAGAAGGCAAAGAGAGCUAUGACCUUUGUGCUCCUGCAGGAGGCAGCCUGCAGCAUUCCACAGGGCUUCCUGCUCCAGCAGAGGCGAGACAUAGUCUUCAGUCAGGCACUGGCAGCCUUGGCCUGUGGUUUCGUCAUGCGGUUGUACGCGGGAAUGCAGGACAAAGGCUUCCUGAGGCAGCUUCACCUCGUUGGCCUGGUUGCUCAGUUUGAGAGCCUGCUCAGCACCUACAGUGAAGAGUUCGGGAUGCUGGAAGACAUGGAAGUGGGGAUCUCAGACCUGCAGAGAGUCAUGUUCAAGAUUACAGAGGCCAAGUCCGAUGACCUCAGUGACCUUCAGCCUUUAGUUUGUGGCCGACGAGACCACUUCACUGUAGAAGUGCCAUUACCUAAACUGGUUUUCCAUACCUUACCAGAGGAAAUCAAGGAGGGGAAGCUUCUCCGAGUAUUCCCGGUGCUCUUUAACGUGGGGAUUAAUGAACAACAAACAAUAGCAGAAAGGUUUGGAGACAUCUCUCUACAAGAAAGAAUAAACCAGAAGAACUUUGAGACAUUAGAAGCCUAUUACAAAUCAUUAAGUGAAAAGGUGCCACUAGAAUGUCUACCGUGUUUUCAGACACAGACCGACAUAAAGGAAUUACUUGAAACUUUGGGCCAGAAUGUAGUCGCGAAGAAGAAAAAGAAUGUGGAGAUACUGUGGACUGCUGGAACGAUCUGCCGAAGGUUAAAUGGCAUCAGGUUUACCAGCUGUAAAAGUGCCAAAGACCGAACAUCCAUGUCUGUCACUCUCGAGCAGUGCGCUCUCCUACGUGAUGAACACCAGCUCAGCAAGGACUUCUUCGUGCGCGCUCUGGACUGCAUGCGCAGAGAAGGAUGUCGCAUUGAGAAUGUUCAAAAGAAUAUUAAAUGCAGGAAAUAUGCCUUCAACAUGCUGCAGCUGAUGGCCUUUCCCAAGUGCUACCGACCACCAGAAGGGACUUACGGCAAAGUUGACUCAUGAGGAGAAAAGCCACAUACUGUAAAAUUAGUCAUUCAGUAUUAUUCUUCUUUAGUAAAUAUUAAAGAUCAUGAAUGAUAGUAUGUAAAAUACGCUCUUAAUAGGAAAAACAGUUGCUGGAGGUGUGUUUGUGUACAUACGUGUGUGCGUGUGCGUGUGUAUAGAGGGUACAUUCAUAGGCAUUAAAAAAGUGGGUCCAUUUUAAAAUAAAUGCACUUUCCACCUUACCAUACAUUGGUCAUAACUUAAGCAACAUUAAGCAGAACAACUUGGGGGUAAGUCAAAGUCUUACAUAAUGUGCAGAUAUCAGAGUAUGAGAGAGAUAACUAGCCUAAAAGAAGAGUUUUCAAGUGACUAGCUAUUUUGUUUGUUUACGGUAACCAUGCAUUUGGAUGUUCACUCAGUAAAAGUUAAUAUUUGGAAACACUGACCAAUUUUUUGUAACAGCUCUUAAAGUUUCCGUAAUCUUUGCGGACAUCCACAUUCCCUGUGGUUUUUCUCCACAGGGAAAACUUUAUUUGGAUGUGUGGGCCUUAAAAAGAUAGUAUGAUGUUAAACCAAAAUGAAUAACUUGUGCUGUUCUCAAGAAAUCAUAUCAACAUGUUUUUUUUUAAUGAAACACAGUAUUCAGAUUCAGGUUUCUCAGUUGGUUUUUGACUGAAGUCUACAAAUUUCCCUCUGCUUAACACUGUCCUCUAGCUUUGCAAUGCACCCCAAUGGCAAUGUAGCGCAUGUUUUAUUCAUGACAGAACAUGAAGAACUGAGACAUUUUAUCAUUUCAUCAUAAAAAUCAGUUGAUUUUUGAAGGCAGCAACACGUCUCAAAAAAGUUGGGACAGAGGCAACAAAAGGAUGGACAAGUAAGUGAUACUAAAAGAAACAGCUGGGGGAAUAUUUUUCAACUAGUUAGGUUAACUGGUUACAGGUCAGUAACAUGAUGGGGUAUAAAAAGAGCAUCUUAGAGAGGCAGAGUUUGUCAGAAGUAAAGCUAGGCAGAGGUUCACUAAACUGCAAAAACCUGUGGCUACAGAUUAUAGAGGGAAAAAAAUUCAGAACAUCCAGAAAAGCACCAUAAAUGCUGAAAGGUGUGUGCAAAAAAAUCUCAUCCAAAGAUUCCAAGACUCUGGACAUACCUCAGAAUCAAUACUGAAUGCUUGGGAUCUCUUCAGGCCUUUAGAUGGCACUGCAUCACAAACCGCCACGAUUCUGUGAUGGAAAUCGCUGAAUGGGCUCGGGAACACUUCCAGAAACUAUCGUCUGUGAGCACAGUUCAGUGUGCCAUCCAAAAAUUCAGGUUAAAGGUCUGUCGUUCAACGAAGAAGUCAAAUGUGAACAUGAUUCAGAAACACCGCCACCUUCUGUCAGCCAUUGCUCGUUCAAAAUGGACAGAGGCACAGUGGAAAACUUCUUUUUAGAGAACAUGGACAUCCUCCGGACUGAGGAGGAGAGUAAGCAUCUGGAUUGUUAUCAGUGCUCAGCUGCAUGCCAUCACAAUCUCUUUGAUGUUAUG